AAGGGGGAACUUUCCAGCGCUGAUCCAGCGCAGUGGACCUGGGAAGAACCGCCUAGAAUAUAGUUCUGGGUCAAAAAUCUUCAUUUUAUUGCCAUUUUCGUGAAUCAUCGCCGUUCCGGAGGCGGUUCUGAAUUGUCCAGGACGAAAAAAACACACAAACAAAAAUAGGUUUGUCCAUUGAGUGGGUCCCAUGUAAACCAUACAUGUUGUGGGAAUGGCUUUCUUCUGGACACGUGGCACCAACCCCACCAGCGUUUUUCUCUUCUUUUUGGGAAAACAAAGAACGAAUGAACGGAACACUGCACCGUUGAUUGGUUGUGACUUUGGAGUUAUGAGGUGGGAAAUGAGAAAAUUGUGGGAAACAAUUUUGAAAGCUUGAAGCGAAGGCCAGGAAAGAGGAGGAGGAGGAAAGGGUCUCAGAGAUCAGCCCAACCCUUCUACUGUUCGUUGAUAGAAGGGUUUUGUUGGGGGUUUUAAUUUUGGCUGAAGGUUUGUUUCUUUCUCUGUUGCCGAGGAGCCUUCUCUCCCUGUUUUUCUUUGAAUUUUUUGAGGAGCGAGGAAAAAAGAAGGUUCCCAUCUCAAGGGUGUUUCUUUUUCUUUUCUUUUCGCUGGGGGAUUUUGAGAGGAUGAUCAGAUUAUGGAUACUAGCGCUGCAGAUGUCUGAGCUGUUUGUGAGCUCUGUGGUGCAUUUAGUAUAUGGGUUUUACAUAUUCAGCACAGCUGUGGCUUUUGAUCUCUCCCAGGCUUUGAAUGAUUGUUUUAAGCCUAAUGUGAAUAUUGGGGUGAAGGAGGACGAGUCCAGAGGGGGAAGCCCCAGUGUCGACGGUCUUCCUCCCAUUGUACUGGUUCAUGGAAUCUUUGGAUUUGGCAAAGGGAGAUUGGGAGGCUUGUCCUAUUUCGCCGGGGCGGAGAAGAAGGAUGAGAGGGUUCUCGUUCCUGAUUUGGGGUCCUUAACCAGCAUAUAUGAUAGGGCACGUGAAUUGUUCUAUUAUUUGAAAGGUGGGCAAGUGGAUUAUGGCGAAGAACACAGCAAGGCUUGUGGGCACUCCCAGUUUGGUCGUAUUUACGAACAAGGGAAUUACCCUGAGUGGGACGAGGAUCACCCCAUUCACUUUGUUGGGCACUCAGCUGGAGCACAGGUUGUCCGUGUGUUGCAGCAAAUGCUUGCUGAUAAGGCAUUCAAGGGGUAUGAGAACUCUUCUGAGAACUGGGUGUUAAGUAUAACAUCCUUAUCAGGGGCCUUCAAUGGGACUACAAGAACCUAUUUAGAUGGAAUGCAGCCAGAAGAUGGGAGAUGCUUGAAGCCUAUAUGUCUGCUUCAGCUUUGUCGCUUGGGAGUAAUAGUAUAUGAUUGGUUUGACAUUCCAUGGCUAAAGGCCUAUUACAAUUUUGGGUUUGAUCACUUCAACCUGUCCUGGAAAAAAAUUGGUGUUUGGGGUCUUGUUGACUGCCUCUUGGGGAAUACCGGUCCAUUUGUCUCAGGAGAUUGGAUCCUCCCAGAUCUUACAAUACAGGGGUCCAUACGACUCAACUACCAUCUGAAUACCUUCCCUAAUACAUUCUAUUUCAGCUAUGCUACCAAGCGAACUCGGAAGAUCAUGGGUGUGACAGUUCCUUCUAGCAUACUUGGAAUCCACCCUAUGCUUUUUAUCAGAGUCUUGCAGAUGAGCCAAUGGCGUCAUCCUCCAGAUGUCCCACCUCCUUACAAAGGCUACAGGGAUGAGGAUUGGCAGGACAAUGACGGAGCACUGAACACCAUCUCCAUGACACAUCCCCGCAUCCCAAUUGAACACCCAAGCCAUUUUGUCGUAAAUGAUUCAGAGUGCCAACCCUUGCAACCAGGCAUCUGGUACUACAAGAUUGUGGAAGCUGAUCACGUACUUUUCAUUGUGAAUAGGGAGCGGGCAGGAGUUCAAUUUGACUUGAUAUAUGACAGUAUUUUCGAGCGCUGUAGAAAGCAUGUAUUUAGGAAGACUCCCCCAACUCUACCUGACCAAUCAGUUCCCAACCAAUAGUUUAGUAUUACUGACAUAAAACCACAGCUAGAUGAGUGAACAAAAGAAAAAGAAAGAAAAAAAAUGGAAAAAAAACAGAGAAAAAAAAUAAUAUAGUGCCUCAACACACCUUUUCUUUCUUUCCUUCCUGGCUUUACAUAAAUGUUAAUUUCUCUUUGUUUUCCCCAUUUUUUUCCUGUACCAACAUGUCUUAGUUUGUAACUUCAUUGCAGACAAUGCAGGCUCAACUUACACA